AUGCAAUCACUUCGAAAAACAUACAUACCAACGAUUCCCACUUCUAACACAAUUACAAUACCACCAAGCUGUUACUGCUUCCUACCGACAACUAUAUGGCGAACAUAUAAAAACGGCAAAAAUUAUGGUCGGUGGUUUUGGCGCUGCUCGAGAUUUGGGACUGAGGAUGAUCUGGAAAAGUGUAAUUACUUCAAGUGGACUGACAAUAACGAUAACGAUAAUAUUACUAAAUCUCCGUCAUCGCGUCCGUCUGUAAAUACAUUAUUACCUCAAAGCGAUGACUCUUUUGCUACAAUUACGGAUGAAAACGAAAAUGACAUAUUAAAAUUAGAACAGGACGCGACUUCUCCCGAAUUCACAACUCUUGAAUUCCUCGAAAUAGUAGAAAGACAUCUGAAACAGCAAGAUUAUCGAAUUUCUACUCGAGCACAACAGAAUAACGAAUUAAUCAGUCAAUUAGAAAAGGCAAGAAAAGAAAUGGAAGCUUUGAAAUGUGAGAAUGAUAUUUUGAGACGUGAGAACAACUUGUUGAAACGUGAAAUUGAUCUUACAAAAGAAGAAAUUCGAUAUGAAAGAGAAUCGAAGAGAAGAAAGACUUCUUAA